UAAUAAAAUUUAAAAAGUUAAAAAAAGCAAAGAAUGGAAGUUGUGGGCGAACUCGUGCAGUUUAUGCAGCCGAACCAACGGCUGGACCUCAAGGCGGUGGCGCUGACACACGUGCUGGGUCUUACGGGCAGCGCCGAGGGAAAAGCGGCUAUACUGGCCCUGGACGACAUGCUGAUGGCUAUCUUCGGUCUGACAUUCGACGACAACCACACGGUGGCCAAGGAUGCAGUGCUCAGCCUAAUCAAUCUGACGGCGGACGAGGAGUGCGCCACCAAAGUGUUUCAUUUGGCCAAGCGAAUCCAGCCCCCCUUCGCCAUUGUGGAGGUGGCUGCCACACAAAUCAGUGACGAGCAGUCGCCGCUGGCCGAUCCCUGGAGCAUGGUGCUCAGCAAUCUAACGCGCGUGGAGAGCCUGGUACACGAGAUACUCGACAUUCUGGAGCGGGGCGAGCAGACACUGCCGCGGCUAGCCAAAGCCUUUGCCCAGCUGGAUUACAACAAAAAGAAAGCGCGGCUGCACUACCUGGCGCCCAUCUUUUGCAACCUGACGCAGGUUGCUCGCGGCCGGGAGCUGUGUUGCCACGCACGAUACCAGCUGUUGGAGAAGCUGCUGCCCUUCGCCUCGUAUGAGGAGAAUGUGGUGCGUCGUGGCGGCACCAUUGGCAUCCUGAAGAACGUUUGCUUCGAUGCGGUCUACCACGGCGUGAUACUCGGCGAAGAUGACAACAUAUUGGUGGCUAUUCUGCAACCGCUGUGCGGUCCGGAGGAGUUCAGCGACGAGGAAAACGACAUGCUUCCCAUUGAGCUUCAGUACCUGCCCGAAAGCAAGACACGUGAGACGGAUCCAGAUCUGAGGAAGAUGCUCCUGGAAUGCCUCCUCCAGUUGUGCUCCACGCGGGGCAGUCGGGAGAUUCUGCGUGCCAAGGGAGUCUAUGAAAUCCUGCGCGAAUACCACAAGUGGGAGGCGCGAGUGGGCCUAGACCGUGAUUGUCUGCUGGCCUGCGAGAAUGUCGUAGAUAUUUUAAUCAAAAAAGAGGAAGAAAUCGGCCUGGAUAACUACAAAAACGUUGAGGUGCCCGCAGAACAGGCCGAGAAGUUUGUUCAGGAAGAUGUCGAAUAUGUUAAGAGUCUUUUAGAUUAAAACCCACCCAAUGACCCACCGUUUUGACUGUAAAUACGCGUAGUGUUAGUGAAACUCAUGGACGGUAUUGAAUUUUCAAUAUAUGUAUGCGGUUUUUAUUCAGAAAUGCUGAUA